AUGACACAAACAGAGCCCUCCAACAGCCCGGAGACUCGCCAUCUCCCCCGCAUUCUUUGUCUUCAUGGCGGAGGUGUCAACGCUCAAGUGUUCGAGGCCCAAUGUCGCGCACUCAUAAGUCAUCUCAAAAGCUCUUUACGUCUCGUUUUCAUGCAAGCGCCGUUCAUCUCAGACCCUCAUCCGGACAUCGUAGCCGUGUACGGCGAAUAUGGACCCUUUCGACGAUGGCUUCGUUGGGAGCCUGACCAUCCAGAGAUCGAGUCCGAUGUUGCCACCGAGACGCUCAGGAACCAGACCCGCCAGGCAAUGGAUAGCGACCCCGGCACCGGAGAGUGGAUAGGCAUAAUGGGGUUUUCUCAGGGCGCGAAGAUCGCGGCGAGCUUACUAUGGACGCAGCAGAAAGUAACGGAGCAGUUUGGAGCACAAGAAGCUUUGACACAGUUCAAGUUUGGAGUCCUCAUGGCUGGAAGAGGGCCUUUGAUCACAUUGGACGAUCGCCUCGAGCAUACACCACGAAUUGUUGACGCAGGGCUGUUGAGUUCCGAGUUCAAGGACUGGCCCGAGUCGAACGAGGGUGAACACGUCUUGAGUAUCCCAACGUUGCACGUCCAUGGGAUUCGAGACCCUGGACUGGAGCAUCAUAGAAUCCUCAUGGAAAAGUACUGCGAAACGGGCACUACAACUCUGGUAGAAUGGGACGGUGGGCACCGGAUACCAAUCAAGAGUCAUGAUGUUGGGGCUGUGACAAAUGAGAUCUUGAAACUUGCCAAAGACGCGGGGGUAAAGUUGCCCAAUUGA